AUGAGGGUGAUUUUAUUGAUAUAUCUGGGAUUCCUUCUCAGGCUGUGCUACUGUGGUCCUCCAGGUCCCAAAAAAGGGGUGCCUUUAUUCCAAAUAUCCCUUGGUGACGAUGAAGACACAGAAAACGAGGUUCUAACGGAGCCAGUGCAGAUGCCGCCAAAAGGAAUCGCAGAUAUAUCCUUGGCACUUAAAGAGGCCGGAGAGAAGGCGAAGAAGACACGGGAUGUGGCGACUUCACCAACUAAGCAGGUAUGGGACUUGUUUAGCAGUGAGUCAGACUCCUCUAGUGGAGCCUCUGGUAAAUCUAGCCCAUCUUCCGGCGGUCGUAGAAAAUCAGAUUCGCCAAAAUCCCAAACUCCGGCCGAUACUGCCAGGAAAAAGACAGCUGAGAUUCCCUUGGUAGAAAGCACUGAUGCACAAGGUUCGAAAGAUAAGAACCAGUCGUCUUCACAAGAUAAAGCCAAAAGGGGCUCAAAAACAAAAACUACUGCAGAUGUUGCAAAGAAAAAGACAGCGGAAAUUCCUUUGGCAGAGAGUAAUGAUGCACAGGGUUCGAACGAUAAGGAUCCGUCAUCAUCAAAAGAUAAAACUAGAAAAGAUUCUAAGGACAAGGCUCCUGCAGAUGUUGCAAAGCAAAAGGUAGCUGAAAUUCCUUUAGUAAAUAAAGAGGCCGGAGAGAAGGCGAAGAAGACACGGGAUGUGGCGACUUCACCAACUAAGCAGGUAUGGGACUUGUUUAGCGGUGAGUCAGACUCCUCUAGUGGAGCCUCUGGUAAAUCUAGCCCAUCUUCCGGCGGUCGUAGAAAAUCAGAUUCGCCAAAAUCCCAAACUCCGGCCGAUACUGCCAGGAAAAAGACAGCUGAGAUUCCCUUGGUAGAAAGCACUGAUGCACAAGGUUCGAAAGAUAAGAACCAGUCAUCGUCAAGAGAUAAGAUCAGAAAAGACUCAAAGGGCAGGGCUCCGCCGAAACCUACAGAAAAAAGUCGGCCGUCCACUAGUAGUCAUUCUUUACCAAAGUCUUCAUUUAGUAAACUUUUUGGAAAACUAACUUCAAAAACGGGUAGUGGAACACCUUCAAGUAUCCGUUUCCUUGAAGAUGAAAUGCAACGUCCAAAGUCUAUUUCUGGCCAACUUAUUCUCGAUAUCGCAAGUCCAAACCCUUCAAGCUGUUCAAUACAUAGUCACGAUUAUGAUCAUAUUUCAAGUCAAACGAUCAUCCCGUCCUCAACUGUUAAUCUAACAAAGCUAGUUAGUAAUCAAAAAACGAUCUGGGAAGCUAAAGAUGGCGAAAGAUGCCGGUCCUUUAGAGUGUACUUUAGGAAAGCUGACCCAGUAGCUGUAAAAUUGGAUAGAAUAGCCUCAAAUCGCGCAGACGAUCUCAUCCUCCAGCUGAAAGAUGGCAAAUGGAAAAAGGUGGAUGAAAUUAGCGUCGGAGACCUUGCGAGGCUAAUGAAAAAAGUUCCCCAACGGAUAGAUUUUACGUUGGAUCUUGCCCGCAACAAGAGAACUAAGCACUACGACGUUAUACACCAUCCAAAAGGUAGCGGAUUUGCAGAUGUAUAUUAUCCAAAGGCGGGGCAUCAUGCCACAGAGAUUAGGCAUUCAGGUACUCUAAUCUGGUUAGCAACCGGAGAAAGGACGUGCACGUGCUGUCGUCUACUAUACGGUAAUCCACUUAUUCUCUGCCUCGAAAUUAGAGAUGGGAAGGACCUAUUUACUCUGUUCUUCGAACAACGGGGAUCUACGUGGGAUUCUGUGGACAAACAGUAUUUUGCCAUUUCUUCCUAG